AUGUUUUAGAUGUUUAUUAUUUAAAAAAACAAAAUCUCCAAUGCAUUAUCUGGCGAUUAGGAAAAGUGUGCUAAACCUUUUUAGUUCUGAGCAGGCAGGUACAUCGGCCUUCCCUUCUCCAAACUAUCGUCAUUUUAUUUAUAUCUAAUUCAUAAAGCCACUAACACGGUCAAGCUCUAUUUGGACGGCCGCUGUCAACAGGUCGGCACAGAGGCAUGGAGCUCUGGAAGCAGUGAAGACGGCAAAUCAAUCCCUCCAGCUGUUAGGAAGAUCAAAUCUAUUAGUGAGGCGUUGAUCAGUGGAGCUGAAGGAGCCAAUAUGUUGACGUGACUCAUUCUUUACUGGCACAAUGAUGCUUGGCGUCUCGCUGUCAGCCCAGCGGGGUGUAAAGAUGUGAACAACCAGAGGCAUGACUCGUGUUCAAGACACUGUGGCAUGUGACACAUGCUCAUCGCCGUCACGUCAGCUGCUCCUAUGCUCGGACUAAGCUGUUGUUUCAGAGUCCAGUGAUCUCGCUCUGGAUGACAAUGUCUGUAUUCUCUACCUUUGAACAUCCACCAAGUGAGAGCCAGCAGGUGUUUAGUGUUGACGUGACCGAAGCUCCGUGCUGAGAAGCCGUUUGAUGUGUCCCCUCCAGGUCUGACCCUGCUGAUCCCCUACCUGCUGACCAACAAGAAGAGGUGGAAGGACUGCAAGAUCCGCGUCUUCAUUGGAGGCAAGAUCAACAGGAUCGACCAUGACCGCCGAGCGAUGGCCACUCUGCUGAGCAAGUUCAGGAUAGACUUCUCAGACAUCACCGUGCUGGGAGACAUAAACACCAAGCCCAAGAAGGAGCACGUGUCGGCCUUCGAGGAGAUGAUCGAGCCGUAUCGGCUGAAGGAAGACGACAUGGAGCAGGAGGCGGCCGAGAGGCUGAAGGACAGCGAGCCCUGGAGGAUCACCGACAACGAACUGGAGCUCUACCGCGCCAAGACUAAUCGUCAGAUCAGACUCAACGAGCUGCUGAAGGAGCACUCAAGCACAGCCAACCUCAUCGUCAUGAGUCUGCCACUGGCCAGGAAGGGCGCGGUGUCCAGCGCUCUGUACAUGGCCUGGCUGGAGGUGUUGUCCAAGGACCUGCCUCCCAUCCUCCUGGUGCGCGGCAACCACCAGAGUGUCCUCACCUUCUACUCUUAAAUACACACGGAGAACAAAAGUGUUUAAGUCUCACAUCCCUUCUGCUGCCUCUGGGAGCAGACACACACACACACAUCCCAGCUCCAGUCCAGACCUAAGGUGCACCACAUACACUCCAGAGACGAUAAAAAAACACAGCCACUGAUGGAAACAACGCUGGUAAUAUGAAUAAAAGUGAAGGAAGUGAUAUUGGUUGGAGAUGUGUAAAAGCGUGGGGGGUUGUAAGGUUGCCCACUCUGCUCCUUUCUUUCUAUUUAUUCCAAGAUGUCUGAGUUUUUUCUCUUGUAGCUCUAGUUUCUCUAUUUCCUUAUGACAUUUUUUCAUUUUUGACAAAGUUGAUUGCUCUCAGGCUCCAAAGCAGUCACGCACGAUGUUCUCAUUGUCGUUCUCACAAUAUGGAGUAUCUUGAUGUCAUACUCGUCACGUUAAUUUGACCUUUUUCUUUUCUUUUUUUGUGAUGCAGCAAUAAUCACCCUGUUGUUAUCGUUAAAAUUUGGGAGAGAACCGUGCAGAAUGCUUUGCAACACCCUCUAAAGCCUUAUGGAUGUGCCUUCCAGUUGAAUCAGAUGAAAUAAUUAUAAUCUAUCCAGAUUGACAAUAUUACCUAUUAUAUUAGUGAAUACUAGUUUAGUUAUAUUGAGUUUUAAAUGUGACUCCUUAGUGGGAGCAUUGUAUUUAUGCGAGUGGAUUGCAUGGAUUUAAUGAAGGGUGUCCACUUGAUUGCAUGAAGACUUUCUGUCAUUUCUCUUUUCACCCUGAUCAAUAAGUUUAUUUCGGGCCAUAGCGGUUUUUCAUUAUUUUUUAUUCACCUUUUGAGUCUUCCUUUUAAAGCUGUUGAAUAUUUACGAUAGCCUUGUCUUUUAGGCGCUGUGCCUAAAAAUGUUGUUAUGGGUCUGAAAUUUAAGAUCUUCUUGUUUGUGAACGUAGUUUUCCCACCAGCCUCGGCAGGUGGAGACACUCUCCUGACUGACUGAAUGAAUGAAGGCUCUUUUUUUUUUCUUUUUUUUUUUUAGCAACUUGUGUGUUUCUGUGUCCACAUGUAUGGUUCUUCCCCUGAGUAAGAAACUGCUCUACCCAAUAAGCUAGCUAAAACCUUGCCUUAAUGCUAGAACUAACGAUUGUCACGAGUUCCUUUUCUCUUAUAAGCCAUACUGGCUGGACAGUUUGUGGGUAAAUGCAGAUAGCGACCCGCUGGUUACAUGUCACGAGAAGUGUUUCAGCACAGUUGUUCUUCUUUACUGUAUACGCAUCCUUAUUUCCUUCCCGUAGUCCACCUGCAUUAGUCUGUUACAUCGCUUGCUGUGUGCUGCUGGCGAAGUGGUCACUCAACAGAUAGUAACGGGCACCACUUUGCCAGAGUUGGUGCCACAGCAGACUUGUUGCUUGUUUGCCAUCUGCUGGUCUCCCGUUCCUAUGAAGCCUUUGAUGGGCAGAGAGAGCGACCGACACACGAGCUUCACACUGGAACACUUGCUGGCAGGAAGAAUGUGACUUUAGAUUGUGUCAUGGCUGAGUGAACAUAUACCUCUAUGCAUAUGAGCUUGUUGCGAAAUUCCUUGUAAUAAAAGUCCAUGUCCAUGUGAA